AUGAACCGACCGGCCGGCCGAGCCGCCGUUCAGAGUCCGCGUUGGUGCAAGGUUGUUUCUGAUGGCGGCGGCGACCUAAUGUCCGCAACAUUCCUCCCCGGUGGCCGUUUUGCCAUUGCGGUUGAUGCGGGUCAGACAAAGAACAAAAAGGGUGGCGGCGUGACGGGGCGGCUCUUGGAAUGGCGGCAGGCUGGACGAUGGAUGGACGACGACCUGAUGGGUUUAGCCAAACGUUGCUUCCCCCUGAACUAA